AUGGGCAGUAGUCCUUAUGUUAUAGCUCUUUCCCUUUGCUCACUUUUCAUGGUAGCCAUCACUGGUGGACUUUGCUAUUCAGGGUGCAUUCGGAUUGAGAGAGAAGCUCUGUUGAACUUGAAGCUUCAUCUCGCUGAUCCUUCAAACCGGCUCCGGAAUUGGGUUAGUGAUGAUGGAGACUGUUGCAGAUGGUCUGGUGUUACCUGUGACAAUUCAACUGGCCAUGUUCUUAAGCUCAAUCUUUCAACUCUAUACAACCAAGAAACUCACUUGGGGCCAGUGCUGCUGCCACUGGGUGGUAAGAUUAGUCCUUCUUUGCUUGACCUGAAGCAUUUUAGGUACUUGGAUUUAAGCAACAAUUUUGGAGGAAUUGAAGUUCCCACAUUCCUUGGAUUCUUGGUGAAUUUAAGAUAUCUUAGUCUCUCUAAUGCUGGGUUUGGAGGCAUGAUUCCUCAGCAACUUGGUAAUCUCUCAAAUUUGCAAUAUCUCAGUCUUCAAGGAGGAUACAUAGUCAUGCAUGUUGAUGAUUUACAGUGGCUUUCUAACCUUUCUUCAUUAACAUUUCUUGAUAUGAGUAGUAAUGACCUCAGUAAAUCUUUUGAUUGGCUGCAGGUUAUGAACUCACUGUCUCUAUUAGAAGAAUUACAUUUGCCAUGUUGUCAACUACCUAAUAUCUCUUCCCUUAAUUCCAAUGUGAACUUUUCUUCCCUUGCCAUUCUUGAUUGGUCAUCCAACUAUUUUACAGAUUCUUUAGUUCCAAGCUGGAUUUUUCGUCUUCAAAAUCUAGUUUCUCUUGAUCUUUCAUCUAACAAUUUUCAGGGUCCUAUCCCUAGUGGUCUUCAGAAUUUGUCCUUGCUUGUUAGAAAACUUGACUUAUCUUAUAAUAAUUACAGUUCUUCAAUACCUACUUGGCUGUGUAGGCUUAGCAAUCUAGAGCUCCUCAACUUAGGCUCCAAUUCCUUUCAAGGUCAAAUUUCAAGUCUUAUAGGAAACAUUACUUCCCUCAGGAAUCUUGAUUUGUCAUACAAUAGAUUUGAAGGAGGAAUUCCAAGAUCCUUAAAACAUCUUUGUAAUUUGAGGCUACUUUCUUUUAGAGGUAUCAAUUUGAGCCAAGAGAUAAAUGAUGUCCUCCAAAUUUUGUCAGAAUGCAUUUCAAAUGGGCUAGAGUCAUUGUUUUUGGAUCACUGCCAAUUAUCUGGUCAUUUGAUAGAUGAUCUUGGCAAGUUUAGGAAACUAUCUUUUCUUGUUCUAUGGAGUAAUAUGAUCUCAGGUCCAAUCCCACAUUCUUUUGGAGAAAUGAAGUCCUGA